AUGACGGACGAAACGACGCUUCCUAUCCUGUUAAAGUUCGAGCCCAACAAGAUGGCGUGGAUGUCUUGGAGGUCACGGUACCAGAACUUCAUUAAACUCCAAAAGGUCACCGACGAAGAGGAGCAGAAGCGGGUUCUGCUGGACUCAUUAGGUGUGGAAGCCUAUGAAAUGGUACACGCUAUGUGCCUGCCGAACGAUCCAGCCGACAAGACACUCGCAGAAGUUCUCGCCAAACUGGAAAGGGCAUACGUGAAAAAGACCCUGAAAUCCACCGAAUGGGCCAAGUAUUUCGUAUUGAAGCAGGAUACGGGCGAAACUCUUUUGGAUUUCGCAAACAAACUCCGCAAAAAGGCCAUCCUGUGCAGCUUCCCAGCGGACGUUCUGGAGGACAACAUGAAAGCAACCUUUUUGAACGGGCUGCAGGGAGAGGCUACCAGGCGACAUCUGAUGUCGAAGGACUACGACACACUGGAUAAAGCUCUGGAGCUGGUGGAACAGUUCGAGCUAUCCCAGGCUAGCGCGAAGAAGGCGCCGGGCAGUGUGGACGUAGCGCGCAUCAGUGGUGGGCCGAGGCGGGGCGGCGGUCAAGGUCGUCAACGCGGAAAUCGUCGUGGUACGGGACAGAAAGCGCGUGGCGGCGGAGCAAGCCAGAACGCGGCGGGUAGCAGUGCGAAAUGCUACGGCUGCGGUAAUUCAGGCCACGUCCGUGCAGACUGCUGGGCGAAGGAUGUCACCUGCCGCAAUUGUAACAAGAAAGGUCACAUUGCGAAGAUUUGCACUGCGCCCAGGCAGAACCAGCAGCGUGGAGACGGACGACGCACAAUGCUAGUCGAAGAAGAAUUCGACGUGUUGGCAGUGGAAGCGGCUGGCAGCCAGUCCAUACGCAUACAGCUGAAGUUGAACGGCACGCCAGUGCCAGCAGUGCUGGAUACGGGAUCGGACGUUACCAUCGUCACGGCAGAGACGUGGAGGAGGAUUGGUUCGCCGCGACUGUCCCCGUAUACGCAGCCGCUGAGGAGCUUCACUGGCCAUGCGCUGACAGUGAUCGGGACCGCCACCGUGGACGUGCAACGCGCUAGCGUACGGAAGCAGUUGCCGGUGGUGGUAGUGGGCCGUGGUGGCGAUGUGAUCGGCCGCGACUGGAUACGCGCCCUGGAUCUGAGCCACAUGAGCCUACGUGACCUGCAGGCUAGUUCAGUGUAUAGCGUUGCGAGCAGUCUGGAAGAAGUCCUCGACCGGCACAAGGAAGUGUUUCGCGAUGAGCUGGGUCAUUGCAAGCGGUAUAAGGCGCGUCUCCAUUUGAAACCGGGAGCACGGCCAGUGUUCUGCAAACCCCGUACAGUGCCAUUCGCGUUCCGGGAGGCGGUCGAGAAGGACCUGGAGCGUUUGGUGGAGCGCGGCAUACUCACUCCAGUCGAACACGCCGAUUGGGCGGCGCCCAUUGUGGGGACGCUGAAGAGGGCUGGAGAUGUGCGAACGUGUGCCGAUCUAAGCACUGGUCUGAACGACUCGUUAGACGUUCAGAAGUACCCGCUUCCAACUCCUGACGAAUUAUUCGCCAAGUUAAACGGCGGAGAGAAAUUCAGUACGCUGGAUCUCGCCGAGGCGUAUGCCCAAGUGGAACUGGACGACGACAGCAAACAGCUUGUGGUUAUCAAUACACACAAGGGACUGUUUCGGUAUAAUCGACUGCCGUUCGGAGUCGCCAGUGGGCCCAGUAUAUUCCAGCAAAUUAUGGAGCAGAUUCUCCAUGGCUGCGAAGGUGUGGCCAUAUACCUUGACGAUAUUAUCGUCACCGGCGCCACGGAUGAAGAGCACCUGCGAAACCUCGAAAAGGUCAUGGCACGGUUGGCAGAGCACGGACUAACGCUGAAGCGCAGCAAGUGUCAUUUCAUGCAACUGUCCGUGGAGUAUUUGGGCUUCAUCGUGGACAGUCGUGGCCGCCACAUUUCGAGAAACCGUGUGAAGGCGUUGCUGGAUAUGGGUCCGCCGAAGAACGUAAGUGAACUGCGCGCAUUCCUCGGCAUGGUGAACCACUAUGCCAAAUUCGUGAAGAACCUGUCAGCAAAGUGUCAUGUGUUCCACAACCUCCUGAAAGCUGACGUGACAUGGGCGUGGUCAAAACAAUGCGAAGAGCAGUUCGCUGAGUUGAAGCAAGAGAUUGCCCGAGCCACGUUCUUGGUGCAUUACGACCCGGCGAUGCCGCUGAUGGUAGCAGCCGACGCAUCGCAGUACGGCAUUGGAGCGGUGCUGUGCCAUCGGUUCCCGGACGGUACGGAGAGACCGAUUGCGCACGCAUCCCGGAGCCUUAACGCCGCCGAGACCAGAUACGGGCAGAUUGAGAAGGAAGCUCUCGCCCUGGUCUUCGGGUGCAAGAAAUUCCACCAGUAUAUUGCUGGGAGGGAGUUCACCCUGCUGACGGACCACAAGCCGCUGCUGAGCGUGUUUGGAGGCCGAAAAGGGAUACCGGUGGUGACCGCGAACCGCCUUCAGCGCUGGGCGUUGAUGCUGAUGGCGUACAGUUUUGCCAUCGAGUACCGGCGGACAGAAGAGUUCGGCCAGGCGGACGGGUUAAGCAGGUUACCACUGCAUUCCACGGAGCUGACCGAGUUGGGUAACCUGGGAAUGGACAGCAUAGUCAGUGCUGUGCACACGGAGAACGCGGGACGGUUACCAGUGUCAGUAGAAUCCGUGGCAAAGGAAACCCGCGCAGAUGCGGAGCUCAGCAUCGUUCUGGAAUACGUCCAGACUGGAUGGCCGAGCGUGGUAAGGGAAGAGCUGCGACCGUAUAAGCGGCUAGAAAGUGAACUGGUGACAGUGAACGGGUGUCUGUGCUGGGGCACGCGGACGGUGAUUCCGAAGAAGCUGCAAGCGCAGAUACUGUCGUACCUGCAUGAAAGCCACCUUGGAGCGGCAAAGAUGAAGGGUGAAGCCCGAGGGUACUGUUGGUGGCCGUCCAUGGACCGGGACGUGGGGCGGGUGUCUAAAGCGUGCCGUGUAUGCACUGAACGUGCAGGAGAAACGGCGAAGGUCCCACUGUCACCGUGGCCAGUGCCCGACGGACCAUGGAGACGACUCCAUGUAGACUUUGCCGGGCCGUUCCAUGGCACGAUGUUGUUCGUCGUGGUCGACGGUAUGUCAAAGUGGCCGGAAGUGGUGCCAAUGCGAAGUGCCACAACGGACGCCGUAGUUGAUGCACUGCUGGAUAUGUUCAGCCACUACGGGCCGUGCACCGAAAUUGUAUCCGAUAACGGGACACAGUUCACAUCGGAGCAGUUUAACGGAUUCUGCCAGCAGUACGGCAUCCGGCACCUGCGAACGCCACCGGGCCAUCCCCAAUCGAAUGGCCAAGCGGAACGUUACGUCCAGACGGUGAAGGACGGCGUAUCCAAGCUCAUGGCCGACCAGAAGCGCCUGCCGGUUGCGCUGAGGGAGUUCCUUUGGCGCUAUCGUAACGCCCCUCACGCAACGACUGGGAAAACGCCGGCCGAGUUGUUUUUGGGUCGGAAGAUGCGCUCGACGCUGGAUCUGCUAGUCCCUGUGCUGCUGACCACGGCAGAGAAGAUCAGGGAGCGCCACCGCCGAAAUUUCAACCAGCACACAAAGGAGAAAGACUUUCGGUUGGGCGACUUGGUCGUGGUGCGAGACUAUCGCCCAAGCCGCGCAGUGGAUUGGAUCAGCGGCAAGCUAAUUAAGCGAGAAAGCCGGCUGAUCUGGGAGGUACAGGUGAGCGAUCUGCUGUGGAGGCGGCAUGCAAACCAAAUACGCCCUCGUUUUUGGUUGGAGACGCCGGAAAACACGGAAGCAGAUACGGCAAAAGGUCAAACGGCCGUGGAGACAUCGGUAGCAUUUCCUCCGGCGAAAGUAAUGGAAAAGACAGUCUCGCCUACUAGAGCGCGCACGCCGACGCCACCAACGCAGACGCAAUCGGAGGUGAAACCACAGCCCCAGGUGAUAGUACAGCCGGACGUAAAGCCAACUUUUCCGCCCAUUACACAGGAACUGACGCUGGCGGCACCAGUCGCGCCGCCAAAGGUACAGCCGACAGUUCCACCAUCCGGUAAGGUGAAACCAGCGAAAGCUGCGAAGGCUGCACAGCCACCUGAGGAAAUACGCAGAACUGGAAGAACGAACGCCGGAAAAGCCCCAAAACUGUUGAUAAAUGAAAUGUAAUUUUCUUUUUUUUAUUUUAUUGAUGGUUUUAUGAGUGGGCAACCCACUGGGGGAGAUGCAGCGCGUAGCAACGACUAUUGUGUUAUGUAUUGUCAGU